AUGCCUCAGGGAGAGCAGGCUCUCAGGAUGGACAGCCCACCUCCUGAAGAACCUGUAGGUAAGCAAAAUGAAAAACUGAGAAACCAGGAAGAGGAGAUGGAGUUUAAGGAACUGGAUGGUUUGAAGGAAGCCUUGGCAAACCUCCGGGGACUGUCUGAGGAGGAGAAGAGUGAGAAGGCGAUGCUUUGCUCCCGCAUCCAAGAGCAGUCCCAGCUCAUCUGCAUCCUGAAGCGGAGGUCGGAUGACGCCCUGGAGCGCUGCCAGAUCCUGGAGCUGCUUAACACAGAGCUGGAGGAGAAGAGGAUGCAGGAGGCCGAGAAGCUGAAGGCUCAGAGCAAACAUGUUCAGAAGCUGGAGGAACGCUUUAUGACCCUGGCAGCCAACCACGAGUUGAUGAUCCACUUCAAAGAUGAGCACAAGGGUCAGAACAUCAAACUGAGGGAGGAGAAUGAGAAGCUGAGGCUGGAGAACAGCAGCCUCUUCAGCCAGGCUUUGAAGGAUGAGGAGGCCAAAGUAUUGCAGCUCACUGCCCAGAGCAAGGCCCUCACCAAAGAGCUGGAGACUCUUAAACAGAAGUGUGCUCAGGAUGCAUACCAAGCACAAGCCCGAGAGAAGGAGCUGCUGGAGCUACAGAGCCAGCAGGCCUGUGCCCAUGCCAAGGAGACAGAGCAGCUGCACAGCCAGCUGCACAGCCUCAAGCAGCAGCACAAACAGGCCAUGGAGCAGAUGGCUAAGGCCCAGGAGACACACAGCAGCCUGAGCCAGGAACUGCAGGCCAGACUGCAGACCAUCACUCGAGAGAAACAGGAGCUGCUGCAGCUGUCCAUGGAAAGGGGUAAGAUGCUUCAGAACAAACAGGCAGAGAUCCGCCAGCUUGAGGAGAAGCUGGAGUCAGCAGAGGUAGCCAGGAGGCAUGUGCUAGAGCGGUUUGAGCAAGAGGCAGUGGCCGUGGACAGCAACUUGAGAGUCCAGGAGCUUCAGCGCAGGGUAGAUGGGAUCCAGAAGGCCUACGAUGAACUCAGGCUGCAGUCAGAAGCCUUCAAAAAGCACAGCCUGGAUCUUCUAAGCAAGGAGAGAGAACUCAACGCCAAACUCCGCCAUCUCUUUCCAUAA